AUAUUUCAUAAAAAUUCAUUCCUUUUUCGGCUUUUAUUCGAAGUUGAUCUAGGCAUUUCCAAAUAUAAUACGUUUUAUUUCAGGGAAAGUACAUAGAUCAUGGAUCAUAUUCCCAUAGGAAUGGACAACAAGAGCAUCAAUACAAUGGACAUCAUUAUAGAGAAGGCCACACAAUCGGUGUCCGCAAAAAUAGACCAAUUCAAAGACGAAUUGAAACAGAGCCAGAACCAUCUUAUUUCCACGCAGGGUUCGCUAGAACAGCCAGCUGGUAUAAUGAAAGAGGCUUUAAAGAUUGGAACUGAUGAGUACCAGAAUCAUUCCAAGAAAAAUAAAUCUAAUAACAUAUUGGAGGACGAAGAAAAAGGCUCUAUAGGUGAUCAGAAAUCUGAAUUUCAUGAAAAUGAAGCCGAUAUAAAAAAACACCGCUUAAGGGAAAAAUAUGAGGAAGCUCUAAAGCACGAUGAGAAACUAGAGGCCGAGGCAAAGCGCUCUUUUGAUGAUCCUGAUACCGAAAUGCUGGAACUUCAAACUAAACUUGUAUUUCAUUUUUACAGAAAAAAACGCCACAAGGAUCAAGUAGACGUUUAUAAGGUGGUGCAGGAAAAACUGAUGGCCAGCUUCAAGAAGGAUAUGGACAAGCUCAUGCGAAAGUUUGAGGUGGAGUAUUCACGACUCAGCAAGGCCCAUUCCGAGCUAAUGGCAGACCCUCCAAUGCACCCGGAAAAAGACUUCACCGAUGCCUCCAGCACUCACCAGCCUUAGCAAAAUGUUUGGGGCUUAAGGGCAGAAGCCACACAUUAUGUUUAAAAUUACCUUGUUUUAAAUUUUAUUUUACAAAUUGUAAAAAAUAAAAAAUACUAAGAUGAGAU